UUUCGAGUUUUCAUAAUCAUAAAUUCGAAUCAUAUGUUUCGUAUUUAUACUUUUCCUGAUAAAUAUAUACGGCAGUUUUUAAAAUUCUAUAUUUUACUUUCUUUGUGAUUGCAAUUAAACGGAAUAAUGGUAAUUUGUAAAUUCUAUCAACAAGGUAAUUGCCGGUAUGGCAGCAAAUGCACUUACGAACAUUUGGAUCUAAAGCAAGUCAUAAAAGCGGAUGUAGAAGGUGCAAUUAAUGGCAAACAGUGGCCAUUUACAUGCUAUGGACCAUUUAGAGAUAAACCUUGCAUACCCAAUUUCGUAGAAGAUCAAUCGUUUGAAGAAAUGCGUAUGCUUUGUUACGAUGCCAAGCAGAAGAAUUAUUUUGAGCAAUUCCACCAACAAUUUAACAGGCAAGCUAUGGAAGCAACAAACAAAAUGAGAGCACUUUUGCAACUCACUCCGGAUAUAAUUAAAAUAGUUGGUGACUUAUAUGACAAUAAGUCCCCAACUAGUAAUUCAAAUGCCAUGCCGAACACGAAUGCAACUGUUAAGAGCAAUCCAUUUGGUUUCAGUUCCAAUACAGCACAAACAAAUUCAAUUUUUAAGAGUACACCUAACACCAACAAUCAAAGUAUUUUUGGUACGAGCAAUUUAAAUCCAACGCAGAAUAUGGCGGGUAAUAUAUUUACUUCCUCAUUUGGUAGUAUGUCCACCGAACAGAGUACUAACUCCAUAUUUGCGCAGCCAACCGUGCCAAAAUCAAAUUCAAUAUUUGGUGGUUCACAAACUACAUCUUUGUUCUCACAACCUAAUGUUGGCAUGCAAACACAAAACACUACUUCAAAUUUAUUUGCACAAACAGUAAACAAUCAACCACAAUCACAAUCACUUGGUCUAUUUGGUCAAUCGGCACAAAGUACACAAAAUAUAUUUUCUCAAGGUGCCAACUCGACAAACCUACAGCAACAGCAACAACAGCUGCAGUUGCAGCAGCAGCAACAGCAUCAACAACAGCAGCUGCAGCAGCAACAGCAACAGCAGCAGCUACAGCAGCAACAGCAAACAAAGUCAAUUUUUGGCCAAAAUGUACAACAAAGUGGUAAUCUUUUUAAUCUUGGAGCUAGUGGUGGUCAAACAAACAUGUUCAGUUCAAAUACGCCAAGUUUAUUUUCUAAUCAAUUCACGCAAAAUACUCAACAAAGUCAGCCGCAGCCACAGCCGCCUGCCGGACUAUUUCAAAAUGAUAUGCAACAGAUGGUUACGCAAACUAGUGAAGCAAUGCAAACGGCGCCACAACCUCAGCAGUCAGCGAUGCAACAUUCCUUUCAACAGACUCAACAAGUAACUGGACAGCUACAGCAGCCUCAACAAAAUAAUGUAAAUGCCACAUUAUCAAUAAUUCCAGCAGCGCAAUUAUAUACUCCAGUCGAAACGCUUACCGCUGAAGAACUUGAAGCUUUCAAAGCAAACACAUUUACUUCAGCAAAAUUGCCAACAAAGCCACCUCCAAAAGAAUUCUGUUAAUUGGUGGUAUUUCCGAUCAUGAGUAACGAGUUGGGCAAUCGAGUAAGAUAGCAACAGUGCAAAGUGACAAUGAUAGUGCGUUUUGCACUCGAGACCGUGAACACCAGAUUUUAAAUAUAUUUUUUGUAAAAAAAA